GAAAUCACCUGGCGGCAAGGCUCCACGUAAGCAGCUAGCUACGAAGGCCGCUCGGAAAUCAGCACCGGCGACCGGAGGAGUGAAGAAGCCUCACCGAUUCAGGCCUGAAACUGUUGCGCUGAGAGAAAUUAGAAAGUACCAGAAGAGCAUUGAGCUUCUGAUCAGGAAGCUCCCUUUCCAGAGGCUGGUGAGAGAAAUCGCUCAAGAUUUUAAAACCGAUCCGAGAUUUCAAAGCAGCGCUGUUGCAGCUCUUCAAGAAGCCGCCGAGGCUUAUCUCGUCGGAUUGUUUGAUGGCAUUAAUCUCUGCGCUAUUCAUGCUAAGAGGGUUACGAUUAUGCCGAAGGAUAUCCAGCUUGCUAGGAGGACUAGAGUGAGUAGCAUGUUUGCUUUGUUUUUAGUUAAUAGAAUGACUGAAAUUAGAGGACUUCUGAUCAUAAUUUGCUUUCUCCGGAAUUAUAUCAACCAUUUUAUCAUCUUUAGCCCAUUUCUUUCAUCAUUUUCCGAUAUCUGUAAUUUCCCCGAUUUCGUCUUCUUGGUGGAUCCGAUAGGCACCGAGCAAACUACUCCAAGCACAAGCCUUGCCCAAUUCGGAAGGAAAUCACCUGGCGGCAAGGCUCCACGUAAGCAGCUAGCUACGAAGGCCGCUCGGAAAUCAGCACCGGCGACCGGAGGAGUGAAGAAGCCUCACCGAUUCAGGCCUGAAACUGUUGCGCUGAGAGAAAUUAGAAAGUACCAGAAGAGCAUUGAGCUUCUGAUCAGGAAGCUCCCUUUCCAGAGGCUGGUGAGAGAAAUCGCUCAAGAUUUUAAAACCGAUCCGAGAUUUCAAAGCAGCGCUGUUGCAGCUCUUCAAGAAGCCGCCGAGGCUUAUCUCGUCGGACUGUUUGAUGGCAUUAAUCUCUGCGCUAUUCAUGCUAAGAGGGUUACGAUUAUGCCGAAGGAUAUCCAGCUUGCUAGGAGGACUAGAGGUGAGAGUAGCAUGUUUGCUUUGUUUUUAGUUAAUAGAAUGACUGAAAUUAGAGGACUUCUGAUCAUAAUUUGCUUUCUCCGGAAUUGUUGA